AAACGUCUUAGAUGCUAGUAUAUAAAUUCACAGCUACAUCGUGACAAAAUUUCAGUUCCCAACCUCUGCUUGUGGAAACAAAGAAAGAGACAUUUGUGCUUGCCUUUUUAGCACCAGCAUAUUUUUACUUUUUUUAGUGUAUAAAUCAGACCCUUUUCGCACCAGUACAAUAUUCUUCUUAAUACAGACAUUUCAAGGUUACAUAUUUUUAGCGCACAAUCUUUUUCAUAUAGAAUAAAAUAGGUGGCCCUGUUCACUUUCUCAUUCUUCGGCAACUAGUAGAAUGCAUCACUGUUCUCUAGUACGUCAGCAAAUUUGCAGCCGUGCAGUGAACCAACCAAUGGAAACGAGAGCUGGUUUGCUUUGACAUCUGAGACCCCACGGGGAAGCUUAGCUAGACAUCCAUCCAACUAUAAUAAACUAGUAGUAUCUCCUCUUGGUCCUUGCGUGAUAGAUUGGUUUAUGCCCCCCACCGCUUCUCUGUGACCACAAACAACUUCCUUUCCGCCAACCGCCAUUGCAAGUUGCUAUAAUUGGCUGUACUUACACGUGCUUCUGGUCUGGUCAUCAUCUACCUUAACAAGGCAAAAGGGGACGAGGAGGAGGAUUGGGGUGAGGAGACGGAGGAGGGGCUCACGGGGCAAGGAGGGGGAGGGGCUGAUCCGUCUGGCAUGGGCAUCGCCGGCCUCCCUUCCGACAUCCUGGUGGAGGUGACUGCCAGAAUCGCGGGGGAGUCGACGACGCCCCUGGACGACAUCGUCAGCCUCAGGCGAUCAUGCAAGGUGUUCCGCGACGCGACGGCGGCGAGGGAGGUGGGCCGGUGCAUGGCGGUGGACAGAGAGUGGCGUCUGCACUGGUGGGACAAGGAGAGGUUCCUCUCGGUGCUCGGGGAGUGCGCGGCCACCGGCAACCCCGAAGCGUCCUACAUCCUCGGCCUGGAGGAAAUCUGCAACCAUAGGGGAAAGGAGAGCGGGCUCCGGCACCUCCACCACGCCAUGAAGCACGGCCAUGCCGUUGCGGCCUACACCAUCGGCAUGAUUAUGCUGCGCGACGCUUACAAUAUCGAAGGCAUCGAGGAGGCAAUGGGAUAUCUGGAGGGAUGCUCUGCAGCAAGAACAAAGAGCAAGAUCAAGAUUGCUUCCGUACGCAGAGAGGCUGCUUCGGUCAUGAGAAGGCUGACGAUGCGCCGCUGGAGGACGGCCGAGCCUGCCGCUCCCUGCGCCGACCCGCGGUGCGGGGAGAUGGAGACGGCGGAGGCCUGGGACGAGGACGACGAACAGAGGAGGUUCUGCAGCCGGCUGUGCAGAUGGAAACAUGAAUACCGCAAAUUUGUGCAGUGGAUUUAACGAUUUGAUUCAUUAGUAGGCUGUCGGCCACUCUGCCGGCAGUAAAAGUUGUGAGACACAAUUUCAGAUUUAUCACUUUAUGCUUCUCCAAUUCUAGAUCUGCGAUCCCAAUUUUUCUCGUUCCUAUCGAAGCUGGCUUAGCACUUUGCCAUCCCCGGUGGUUAGGUAGUGAUAUUUUCUUGCGGGUCACUGGCUUGCGUGUAUCUUUUUGGGGCUGCGAUAUGCUUGUAUUUUGUGACAUCGGUGCUUUUAUUUCGGCCAUUUUUGUGAAUA